AUGACCCUACAUGUCAUUGACUAUAUAACCCUACAUCUCAUUGACUAUAUGACCCUACAUGUCAUUGACUAUAUAACCUUACAUGUCAUUGACUAUAUAACCCUACAUGUCAUUGACUAUAUAACCCUACAUGUCAUUGACUAUAUAACCUUACUUUUCAUUGACUAUAUGACCCUACAUGUCAUUGACUAUAUAACCCUACAUGUCAUUGACUAUAUAACCCUACAUGUCAUUGACUAUAUGACCCUACAUGUCAUUGACUAUAUAACCUUACAGGUCAUUGACUAUAUAACCUUACAUGUCAUUGACUAUAUAACCCUACAUGUCAUUGACUAUAUGACCCUACAUGUUAUUGAUUAUAUAACCUUACAUGUCAUCCACUAUAUAACUUUACAUGUCAUUGACUAUAUAACCUUACAUGUCAUUGACUAUAUAACCCUAAAUGUCAUUGACUAUAUAACCUUACAUGUCAUUGACUAUAUGACCCUACAUGUCAUUGACUAUAUAACCCUACAUGUCAUUGACUAUAUGACCCUACAUGUCAUUGACUAUAUAACCUUACAUGUCAUUGACUAUAUAACCCUACAUGUCAUUGACUAUAUAACCCUACAUGUCAUUGACUAUAUAACCUUACUUUUCAUUGACUAUAUGACCCUACAUGUCAUUGACUAUAUAACCCUACAUGUCAUUGACUAUAUGACCCUACAUGUCAUUGACUAUAUAACCUUACAGGUCAUUGACUAUAUAACCUUACAUGUCAUUGACUAUAUAACCCUACAUGUCAUUGACUAUAUGACCCUACAUGUCAUUGACUAUAUAACCUUACAUGUCAUCGACUAUAUAACUUUACAUGUCAUUGACUAUAUAACCUUACAUGUAAUUGACUAUAUGACCCUACAUGUCAUUGACUAUAUAACCCUACAUGUCAUUGACUAUAUAACCCUACAUGUCAUUGACUAUAUGACCCUACAUGUCAUUGACUAUAUAACCUUACAGGUCAUUGACUAUAUAACCUUACAUGUCAUUGACUAUAUAACCCUACAUGUCAUUGACUAUAUGACCCUACAUGUCAUUGACUAUAUAACCUUACAUGUCAUUGACUAUAUAACCCUACAUGUCAUUGACUAUAUAACCUUACAUGUCAUUGACUAUAUAACCUUACAUGUCAUUGACUAUAUGAACCUACAUGUCAUCGACUAUAUAACUUUACAUGUCAUUGACUAUAUAACCUUACAUGUAAUUGACUAUAUGACCCUACAUGUUAUUGACUAUAUGAUCCUAUUUGUCAUUGACUAUAUGACCCUACAUGUCAUUGACUAUAUAAUCCUACAUGUCAUUGAAUAUAUAACCCUACAUGUCAUUGACUAUAUGACCCUACAUGUCAUUGACUAUAUGACCCUACAUGUCAUUGACUAUAUAAUCCUACAUAUCAUUGACUAUAUAACCUUACAUUAUAUUGACUAUAUAACCUUACAUGUCAUUGACUAUAUAACCUUACAUGUCAUUGACUAUAUGACCCUACAUGUCAUUGACUAUAUAACCCUACAUGUCAUUGAUUAUAUAACCCUACAUGUCAUUGACUAUAUGACCCUACAUGUCAUUGACUAUAUGACCCAACAUGUCAGCACAAUUUCAUACAGGUGGAAAAAUAAGGUGAACCUGAUGACGACACAUUAG